AUGUGCAAGAUUGCUGGUUUGGGCACCAAUAUAUUUCAUGCGAUCAACUGGGUGAACUCUGACAUAACAGCCACAAUGGCGACGUUGCCACAAAUACCUAAGCGGCCAAAAGAAGAAGAACAAGACACACUUUACCUGUCGUUCCUAAUUCGUCAGCCAACAGACGGAGCGACCAGAAAUACUCUCCCAGGAUUCACGGUCAAUCAAAAUACUACCCAACAGCACGCGAUUGACAAACCUCAUCUUGUAGUCCCACCAUAUUGCUACAAAUGCGUGUAA